AUGUCAUUAUGCCUACCUCGCCUGGCCUGCCCUAGUAGAUGCUGCUGUGGUUGCCACCAACAGAGACCUGGUUUCGUGUUAGUUUGGGUUCCAGAAUCUUCUGUGCCCCGUGGACUCAAUGCUAGUGAAGUCUUGGAUUCUUCUGAUGAUGGCAACGAGCUUCAAAAGACCUCAUCACUAACUGACGAGGAUGAUGGAGAAAAGUGGGGCCCGAGGCUUCUGAAGGACAAGAUGACAGCUGGGACUAGCUACCCUGUCAGACGCCGUUCCUUGAGAUAUGGGGAGCGUUGCCAGCAGAACUCGGCUGAUGGGUUGGGGUUGGGGAUGAGAAGGUCAACAGUGGGAUUGUACUCACCUCUUAUAAAUCCACGGUAGACUGUAACUUCAACCGUGACUUGCCCAGCCCUACUGGCGAGGAGGUGGAUGACAUCCAGGGUGAAAUUCCUAGGUUGGACAAUGCUCCAGAGGUUCCUAAGCAUGGAGUGGCCUCUUUUUGGAAAGCAAAAGCCAGUGGUGAUAUGGACUCUUCUGUCACUCAUACCACGAACCCUCCCCCAAAUAAUUUAUGUAAUGGACCUUCCCUUGAACCCACGAAUGGAUAUGCACCCAUCGUAAAAAGUUCAAAGUUAAAAAGUAUCUCAUUCUGUGAUCAGGUGGUGCCCAUCAUGGACAAAGAUAUAAAUUCAAAUUCUGGCGACUCUACAGAGAGUUUGACGAGUUUAUCUGCCACAGAUGCUUCACAAUCUGCUUUGGAGCCCCAAGCUGGGGAAGACCAGGCUGGGGAACCGCGGCUCAAGAUCCGUAAACCAGCCCGCCGGAACAAGGUGCCACCUGUUCAGUGCUUGUUUGAACCACCCGAGCCCCCGGCAGUUGUGCCCCCUAAAGUGCCCAGCAAGCCUCCUCGGGGGGCGGCCCCUCCACCUCCACCGGCUCCUCCCCCGUUUUUGAGAAAGGGUUCUUUGAAGAGGUAUUCAACAGGAAACUCAGAGGAACUGGCGGAAAGAGAUAAGAAGGCAUCGGUAAGCAGCCUUCCGGUGGAGAGAGGUAGAGAUCGUCAUUCCUCAUCGGAGGACACCAACGAGUCGUCCGGAUCAGAGUCCUCCGUCUUCAGAUCUUCAUCGUCAGUGAAAAGCCCGAGAUGCAUAGACUGGGAGUCCCACCUGAGAGAUGAGCCGCUGUACCAGACGUACCGCCAGUCAGUCAUCAAUAAGGAGAUCCGACGUCAGACCGUUUCACGUAACAGCAGCUUUACCAGCUAUGACUCGUCUCAGGAUAGCCCCCUGUCCUAUGGAGGGUCUCCAAAACAAGGGCGGAGGUCUACUGUACCCCAUAACACCCUGUGGCAGGAAUUACCCUCCGUGAUGGAGAGCGGUGUACUGGAGUCCAUGACCAAUGAGGAGAAGAAGAUGCAGGAGAGCAUGUUUGAGGUCCUGACUUCGGAAGUCUCGUACCUCCGCUCGCUGAAUGUGCUGACGGAACAUUUUUUGGGAUGUCGGGAGCUGCAGGAAACACUGAUCAUCCGUGAGAAAAAAAAAUCCUUUUCUCCAACAUCCUGAAAGUGAAGGAGGUCAGCGAGAGGUUCCUCAUGGAUCUGGAGUCCCGGGUAGACGAGGACAUUGUCAUUUCGGAUAUUUGUGACAUCAUCUAUCACCAUGCUGUCCAUAACUUCCCAGUCUACAAGGAUUAUGUGCGCAACCAGCUAUACCAGGAGAAGACCUAUAGCGAGCUCAUGGAGAAGAAACCGCAGUUCCAAGCCAUACUGUGCCGCUUACAGGAGCUCCCUCAGUGCCAGCGCCUCCCCUUCAUGUCUUUCCUGCUACUGCCCUUUCAGAGGAUCACUCGCAUAAAGAUGCUCAUUGAGAAUAUUUUGAAGAGGACGGAGGAGGGUUCAGAGGCUGAACAGAAUGCCAGCAAAGCCCUGGAUGCCGUCUCCAAGAUUAUCACAGAGUGCAACCAGGAGGUGGGCCGCAUGCGGCAGACAGAGGAACUGAUCCACAUCUCCUCCAAGAUCGAGUUUGACAAGAUAAAGGCCAUCCCGAUCAUUUCUCAGAGUCGGUUCCUUGAGAAGCAAGGGGAACUGAGCGAAGUGCAGCAGAAGGGGAGUCUGUUCGGCAUCAAACCCACCAAACUGACCCCAGUCUACUUCUUCCUGUUCAAUGAUUUCCUGUUGAUCACCCAGAAGAAAGGCUCUGACCGGCAUGUCGUUGUGGAUUAUGCCCAUCGUUCUCUGGUUCAACUCCAGUCCUGCCCUACAAUGGAGAACAGCUUCUUCCUGACCCUACUGGAGAAUCACCAGGGCAAAACCUGUGACCGGCUCUUCAAGGCUCCGACACAGUCAGACUUGCAUCGUUGGGCGGCAGUGUUUCCCAGUAAAAACGAGGACGCAUUAUCCGGCAGUGACACCAUAUACGAGGACUGGGAUUGCCCCCAGGUACACUGUGUGGAGCAGUACACCGCCGCGCAGGCUGAUGAGGUGAACCUGGAGCCCUCUGACAUCAUCAACGUGCUACGGAAAACAUCUGAAGGUUGGUAUGAGGGUAUCCGGCUUUCCGAUGGCAAGAAGGGCUGGUUUCCCGCCCGCUACGUCCAGGAGAUCACCAACGAACAUGUCAGGAGGAGGAACCUUCGGGAGCGAUAUCGUCUCCUGCAGGCCGCAAGGCAGAUAGUCAUCCAGACUUCUGACAUCAAGAAGAAAUCUAGUUCGGCUUGA